CUUUUUUCUCUUCUCUUUUAUUUUAAUUCAUGAUGGCGCAUCUUUUUCUUUUCUGUCCGUGUCUUAGCAUUAUGGGCUUAGUUUGACCGUCAUUUGCGUGUCAAUGCAACGAAAGUCAUGACAUUUAAUCCGUUCUACUUUUACUUUGAGCUUUGCCUGCAUUCCAUGGCUUUCUCUCUGUCCCUGGUUUCCCUGAUUCCAUGGUUUUUUUUUUGCCCCCCCCCCCCCCGUGUGGCAUACUGACCACGUUCUGGUUCAUACGCUGGCGGCCUUGCCAGGUUCACUUCUUCUAUAUAUCUGGCGACGACUUCCUUCUUGCAGGGCUCGACCGACCCGCUUUUGACAUUUGGCCGAUGCGACUUUUCCGAGUUUCAGCUCUGGUAGCUGGUUUAUAUUACUAUUGUCUUCUCCUUUUCUGCUCUUCUCUUCUUCUGUUUCGGUCUAUCGGUUUAAAUUGGCAACCAAUUCUGUAUAUACAAUCUACAACAUGCACAUACUACAUAAAACAAGCCCAUGUCAGCAGCUGCGUCAUAGUACGCAUUGCAUGCUGAUCGACGGCAUAUGACGGCAGAUAGCAGAUAAUAGAUACUGAGUCUA